AUGUCUAUCCCCAUGAGCCGGCUGGGCGGUCGCGCCUUCAACCACGCCAACGACGACGACGACUCUGAAAUCGAACGCGAGUAUGAUCGCCUGCGCGAUGCCGCCCGCGAGGAGGCCAACAAGCGCAACCAGUGCUUCGAGCGCUCCCAGCAAGCCUACCAAUCCGGCGACGGCGCAGCCGCCAAGGAGCUCUCCAAUGAGGGCAAACGCCACGCGCAGCGCAUGGAGGACUUCAACCGGCAGGCCUCCGAGUUCAUCUUCCGGGAAAACAACGCUGCGGGGCGGGUGACGGGCAGCUGCGUUGACCUGCACGGGCAGUUCGUCGAAGAGGCGGAGCGCAUCUUGGAGGAGCGGAUCCGGGCGGACCGCGCGCGCGGCCAAGACCACCUGCACGCUAUCGUCGGCAAGGGAAACCACUCGACGGGUCACGUACAGAAGUUGAAGCCGCGCAUUGAGGAGAUCUGCCGAGAGAUGGGGCUGAAUUAUUCGACGGAGGAGAACGCCGGGAGGAUCUAUAUCAAUCUCCAAGGCGGGGACGCGACGAUGCCGCCGCCGCCGCAGGUCGGAGGUGGACACCAUGGCGGCCAGCAUCAUGGUGGACAGCAGCAGCCGCAUCACGGUGGCCAGCAGCAGCCGCACCAUGGCGGCCAGCAACAACACGGCGGGCAACAGCAGGGCCAGGACGAGACCACCGAUUUGGUCGUCAAAAUCCUCAAGAAGCUUGAGAAGGCUUGCUGCGUUGUCAUGUAG